AGCCCAAUGUGAAGGUGUUAGUGGUGGGCAAUCCGGCCAAUACUAACGCGUUGAUCGCAUCCAAGUUCGCGGCGCCGAAGAUCCCGAUCGAGAACUUCACGGCAAUGACUCGUUUGGACCAAAACCGUGCGACCAAUCAGUUCGCCACCAAACACGGCGUCGGCGCCAAAGAGGUGUCUCGUGUUAUCAUUUGGGGCAACCAUUCUUCCACUCAAUUCCCUGACAUUAGUAACGCUUUAAUCCGCGGCCAAAGCGUGAAGUUUGACGGACACGACGACGCCUUCAUUCAGCUGAUCCAGAAGAGAGGCGCCGCUGUCAUCGCCGCCCGAAAGCUAUCGUCAGCGAUGUCUGCGGCCAAAGCGGCAGCGGAUCACAUGCACGACUGGUGGAACGGAACCAGCGAAUGGGUCUCAAUGGGUGUCAUAUCGGACGGCACUAAAUAUAACGCACCCGAAGGUGUUAUUUACAGUUUUCCGGUGACCGUCGACUCUGCGACCAAACAGUGGAAGAUUGUGGACAGCGUUCCGCUCGACGACAUCGCCAAACAGCGCCUCAAAGUGACCGGCGAUGAGUUGGUUGAGGAGAGGACUGAGGCUUUG